GGUAGUGGUUGUCCCACUGGAUCAUCAUCAUCCCUUCAUUUAAUGGCGCUUAAGUCAAUAAUCUGGCCUAGUUGCCUUCAUUAUUGUUUGGGAGCGUAUAGAGUGCAAGCGCAGGCGCUCCGCCCUCGCGAGUCUGGUCCAGGCCUCCGGGGCCAAUUGAACGAGAUGAAUUUUGCCGCCAACUACUGUAUCUCAACGGUCAAAUAAUAGUUCAAAUUUCGAACGCUUACCACUUACCAUGUCCAACGCACAUUUCCCUCUCUCCUGUCCCGCGUAGGCUUCUUCUGCUGGAUGACAUUUCGCUUCUCUCACACACGGACACAAUCAAACGGAUGGUUUUAUUCCUAAGAAGAACCUCCCAUUCACCACCACAACACAAUCAGACCUUCUUCAAUUCCGAAAAUCUCAUCAUCUGCUCUGCAACAAAAUAUCUGUUAUUUGAAAGAGGGCGGAGAGAUUAACGAGAAUAACGAAAGCUUUCGCCAAAUUGGAUUCCAAUUCACAGAACCCGAAUAUAUUGGCUGCGAACAACUUCAUGUCGCCGACGACUUCCGCUGCUUUAAAGGCUUCUUUACCAAGAAAGAAGAUCUUGGCCGAGAGGAAUGAUCACUCUGGACCGUUAUCCUCCGUUUCUCAUGUCCUGCAAACCCCUCAUGUUGAUGCCGAAACCCCUCCUGCAGGUUCGGAUUUCGGUAGUCGCAUUGGCUAUUCGUCCCGGAAUGCGAACUUCUCGUCUAGGGCUUCUGAAUUAGAUGAAUAUCAACAGAAUGCUUUUGUUCCUGAAUCGUCUUCCCAGCCGUACGAUCCCUUAACAAAUUACCUCUCGCCAAGGCCCAAGUUCCUUCGGUACAGACCAAACAAGCGGCUUGAAAAAUAUAUCCGCAGACGGAAUGAACCGGUAAAAGCCAAAGAUGAGUUCGGAGGCAAUCGAUAUGCUUCGUUUGAAACCCAGAAACCGAUCGAAGGUGAAGCAUCCAUUGACGCGUACGCUUCUAUAUCCUCCCCGUCCUCCACUUCUUCUUCGCGAGAGGGUUCUGUUAAGCAAGAACAAGGGUCGAAUCUUAGCACUGAAAAAUUGGGGCCUAGGCCACCGUCAGAUGAAGAUAAUAACGGAAGGGAGGAGAGAGAUGAGAAUGUUAAUGAGUUAGAAUUCGAAGAAAGGUACGGGCAUUUCAAUGAGGUACUUAAAUCUCUGCUUCUCUUUGGAGUUGUGAUCCUUUCUACCUUGUACAUAUCUUCUAUGAACUCUCCCACACCUCCCCCUCUUGUUCAAGCUUUACAAGAUUUCAAAGUAUGCUACCAGAAGAUCCAGCGCCAUCUACUCCAAGUUGCUGCAGAGAAUUUUAGAUUGGAUAGUAAUUUUAUAUACCGAAAACAAGAAAAUGCUCUGGGCAUCAUCCAACCCAAUGAGAGAGUUAGUGACGUGUAUAAUGAGAAGGAAAGGAUUUUUGAACAGGGUUUGCAAACAAGGUGGGAGAUAACUGGUAAGAAGGAUGGAGUGUCCAACCAACAAGGUAGACAAACUAGACAGGUUUCAGACAAUGAAUCGGAGGAAGUAGGGGAGAUUUCUGAACCUUUUCCAGCUUGUGAAGCCCAAGUCAUGUCGAGUUGGGUGGACCAGCAAAAUACAGCUUUUUCUAUUUCCGGUCUUUCAGAGGAAGAGCUGAAUUUAGAGAAAGAUGACCUUAAUGCUGCUGAAUUAGUUUCUGAAAUGGAAAAACCAAAGGAUGUAACCAAUGCAGAAGCAACCGGAAGAGACACCCAUCAGGGCAUUGGGGAAGAAAUGGUGGUUGAGAAUACAAUGGAGGAAGCAAAGGAUAUUCCUGGUGGGAUGCAUGGAAAUGUUGCACCACAGUGUAGAGAACAUGCUAUCUUCAACUCCCCUGGAAUUGACGAAAAGUCUAAGCAUAAGCAUGUUAAACCUGUGAAAGUUGACUCGGUUUUUAAAUUUGCUCUUCUGACUUCUGUGGGCUUGGUAUCUACUCUUUUGGGAGUUCUCCAUCUCAAGCAUAGGAAGACCUUUCCAAAGGAUUCUGCAUCUUCUGGAUUAAUGAUAGUAGAUAACCGAAGUUCACCAUCUCCCAGGACAGAAGAAGAGAAAAUCAAUAAGGUUGAUUCUUAUGUCAGUAUUUCACCUUCAGUUCAUUCCGAGGGGAAAGCCUCCAAAGAAAUCAAUCAAGGUAGUGCACCGACAGUGGAGUUGCUGGAAGAGUUUGUAGUGGAGGAGCUCAGUAAUUCUAUCAAGGGCUGCAGUAUGAAAUCCCAGAGGAUAGAAGGCGAAGGAAGCCACUUUUCUAUGUCUCAAGGGAGGCAGAUCCCUUCAUCUAAGCUGGGAGAUCUCAGUAGCUCUCUCAGGAGCUGUGGUCUGAAGCCCCAGAAUGUUGAAGGUAUAGAAAGCAACUUCUCUGUCUCUCAAGAGAAGCGAUCAAGGAGGCGGAUUCCUUCAUCUCCUAAGCAGGCAUUCCAAACUCUUUCCGAGUUCUCAGCCACAGAGUCCCCUUCAUUUGGAAGCUAUACUGCUCAGGAGGUUGUGGUGAAGAAAGAGGAGGGUAGGAAUGGAGAUGAGGUGAUGAAGAUUAUCACAACUCCCGUGAGGCGAUCAAGUCGAAUACGCAACCGUGCAGUCAUGUCACCCUGAAUUUAAUUACAAGCUGACCUUAGGAAGUAUUCUUCUGAACACUGAUGAUUCAGAAAAAAAGCUUCCUGUUUCAUCAUGUUAUUACUAUCCUCUGCUAUGUUUUCUUGAUGUAGAAUUAAGCUGCUUUUCUAACAUCUCUCAAGUGGCUUGUAUAUUUUUUU